UAAUACACUAUUACUAAAGUACCAAACACCACACAAAAAAAAAUAAUAUCGAGAGUAAGACAUUAUGGAUGGUUAUUGGAAGUAGAAAAUACAAUAAUUUUAUAAAUUAAUAAUUGAUCAUGUUUUGCACGUGCGUGUCUGUGUUACAUAAAUAAUACUUAUGUCAGUAAGUGUAAGCGAUGGACGAAAAGAAAACCCAUAUAAGGAUCACAGUUGUCGGAGACGGAAACACGGGAAAAACGUGCAUGCUCAUUGUAUACAAGGACAAGAAAUAUGAGGAAUAUUAUAUUCCAACCGUGUUCGAUUCAUAUUCGAUGAACAUCAGAGUUUUAGGAAAAAUUUAUACAAUAAUAUUACAAGAUACAGCUGGACAAGAAGAAUACGAUAGACUCAGAGCUUUAGCUUAUCCUGAGACCGAUGUGUUCAUUGUGUGUUUUUCUGUGGAUAAUAGAGCAUCUUACAAAAAUAUUGUGUCAAAGUGGAAUCCCGAAAUUCGACAUUAUCGACCAAAAGCGAAACUCAUACUUGUAGGAACAAAGUGUGACUUAAGAACUGACUGCCCAAAUCCCAUUUCGACAAACGAAGGCCAAGAACUCAUGAACAAAAUCAAAGCUGACGGCUAUGUUGAGUGUUCAUCUAAAUUCAUGUGGAACGUAAGCAGAGUAUUUGAAGAGGCUUUGUUAAGUAUAGUGGGAAGGCCUACACCGCCGAGAAGGCAAAGAACAUGCUCAUUAUUAUAAAAAAAACCUGUUUGAUGUUUAUAGAAAACAUUUGAUUCAUAAUACUGUACAUUUUGUUUUAUAUGAUUGAGUAAUAUAUAGAUCAGUUUCGUAA